AUGGAGACGGCGAAGCUGCUGUGGUCGCGGCUUCCGAACGACGACGAUUCGGAAGGUAAUAUUGGAAUGUAUAAGAAGACUGACGGUGGCACGGUGGAGAGUCUUGACUAUGAAGUGAUCGAGAAUUAUGCAUAUAGAGAAGAGCAGGCACAAAGGGGGAGACUUUACAUGUACUAUGCAGUAGGAGUAAAAUGGUUCUUCGCGUUGUUAAUUGGGAUUGGCACUGGAUUUGCUGCUGUUUUCAUCAAUAUUUCUGUAGAGAAUUUUGCAGGAUGGAAGUAUUCAUUGACUUUUAGCAUAAUACAAAAGUCAUACUUUGCUGGAUUUGUCGUAUACAUAUUGUUCAACUUAGCCCUAGUAUUGUCUUCUGUAUAUAUUAUUACACAUUUUGCUCCAGCAGCAGCUGGAUCUGGGAUCCCUGAAAUUAAGGGUUACCUGAAUGGAAUCGACACACGAGGAAUUCUUCUUUUCAGAACAUUGAUUGGAAAGAUCUUUGGUAGCAUAGGUUCAGUGGGAGGUGGUCUGGCUCUGGGUAAAGAAGGUCCACUUGUACAUACUGGUGCUUGUAUUGCUUCUUUGCUCGGACAAGGUGGAUCAACUAAGUAUCAUCUAAGCUCAAGGUGGCUGCAGGUGUUCAAUAGUGAACGAGAUCGCCGUGAUCUUGUAACCUGUGGAUGUGCAGCAGGAGUUGCCGCUGCUUUCAGAGCUCCAGUUGGUGGUGUGUUGUUUGCACUUGAAGAAGUGACAUCUUGGUGGAGAAGUCAACUUAUGUGGCGUGUGUUCUUUACUUCUGCAAUUGUGGCUGUUGUUGUGCGUAUUGCUAUGGGUUGGUGCAGGAGUGGAAAAUGUGGCCAUUUUGGAUCAGGAGGCUUUAUUAUCUGGGAUGUCUCUGAUGGGCAAGAGGACUAUUCAUUUAUGGAGUUACUGCCGAUGGCAGUUAUUGGAGUAAUUGGUGGCCUUCUUGGGGCUUUAUUUAAUCAACUUACUCUCUAUAUAACUAAUUGGCGUCGGAAUUAUUUGCACAAGAAGGGAAACCGUGUAAAAAUCAUUGAAGUGUGUCUCAUCUCUGUGAUCACCUCUGCUAUCUCAUUUGGGUUACCACUGUUUAGAAAAUGCACUCCAUGCCCCGAAGCUGAUAUUAAUGCUGGCAUUGAGUGUCCACGUGCCCCUGGAAUGUAUGGAAAUUAUGUCAAUUUCUUUUGCAGUAGUAAAAAGGAAUACAAUGACCUUGCAACCAUAUUUUUUAACACUCAGGAUGAUGCUAUUAGGAACUUGUUUAGUGCAAAGACAAUUCACGAGUUCAGUGCACAGAGCCUCCUGACAUUUUUGGUUAUGUUCUAUGCAUUAGCGGUGGUAACCUUUGGAACUGCAGUUCCUGCUGGUCAAUUUGUUCCUGGUAUAAUGAUUGGGUCAACCUAUGGACGCUUAGUUGGGAUGUUUGUUGUAAAUUUCUACAAGAAGCUGAAUAUCGAAGAGGGAACGUAUGCUCUGCUUGGCGCUGCUUCAUUUCUUGGAGGUUCCAUGAGGAUGACAGUCUCUCUAUGUGUCAUCAUGGUGGAAAUCACGAACAACUUAAAGCUCUUGCCUCUUAUCAUGCUUGUUCUUCUAAUAUCAAAGGCAGUUGGUGAUGCUUUUAAUGAGGGGUUAUACGAGGAACAAGCUCGGUUAAGAGGCAUUCCGCUACUUGAAUCGAGACCAAAAUACCAGAUGCGAAGUAUGACAGCAAAGGAUGCAUGUGGAAAUCAGAAGGUUGUAUACUUUCCUCGUGUUGUCAAGGUUUCUGACAUUGUUUCUAUCUUGAGGAGUAAUCUUCAUAAUGGAUUCCCUGUUAUUGAUCACACUAGGAAUGGGGAAACGCUUGUGAUUGGCCUCAUAUUGAGAAGUCAUUUGUUGGUGCUUCUACAAUCGAAGGUUGAUUUUCAACAUAGUCCUUUGACUGGUGAUGUGGGUGGUACCCUGCCAAUCAGGCAUAAUCUGAGUGAAUUUGUGAAGCCUGUUUCUAGUAAAGGAUUAUCGAUUGAUGAUAUUUAUCUAAGUCAAGAUGAUCUGGAAAUGUACAUUGAUCUUGCUCCGUUUGUAAAUCCAUCUCCCUACGUUGUACCUGAAGACAUGUCAUUAUCAAAGGUUUAUAAUCUUUUCCGUCAACUUGGGCUAAGGCAUAUAUUUGUUGUUCCCCGUGCUUCCCGUGUUAUUGGCAUGAUAACAAGAAAAGACUUACUAAUUGAGGAUGCUGAGGAUUCCGCUGCCGUUGAGCUCCAAUCCACCAGUAGAUCAGAAACAUGA